UGUCUCACUGUCUCGCGUUCUCUCAAAGUUUGUAAACAUGGCGGUUAGCUAACUGGUUGUGUCUAUAGCAAAGCCAUGGGAAUCAUGCUGCUAGCUAGCUAAAUCCGCAGUUUAUCACCGCAGUUUGAUCACAGGUGAAGUGAGGGGAAUAGCUUAACAUAUUUUAGGUUUUGGAGUUUCCUCCAAAAAGUUCGUGGAAUGGACCCACGUUCUGUAGCCAGGCGUUUGCACAGUUGUAUCUGCAAGUAGCUUGCUAGCUUUCGUGCCUUCUCGCAAACUACAGUAACUUGCUUGCUCUGAAGUAGCUCGCGCAGAGAACCAGCUUGCAGCUAGCUUGCCAGCACAGUCAGCAGCUGUGUAUGUUUUGACGGAAUUUGAACAUGCUCCAAAUGGGGAAAUGUAUCGAGGAAAAUGGACUGUAUUGUUGACUAAAUAUUUUCAAAAGAUUUUUCUGUCGUGCUACACUUGUCAGGGAGCAAGCAUAACUUAUAUAUACACUGCAUAGAUUACGUUAGCUAGCUAUCUAUUUUGGAAACAUCCUGUCAUCAUCUUUCAAUGUAGUUAUUGAACUCAAGCUGUUAAAAAUGUUUUCUGUGAAGCCCUUAAAACCAACUUUUAAAUCCUAUCUUCCGCCUUUACAUACUGAUCUGAAGAAAAUUGCACAGCCACCUAUCAAGAAGUUAGAGGCCAAGUUGCUUCCAGGCGAGAUUGUGGUAAAUGAGGUGAAUUUUGUGAGGAAAUGCAUUGGAGCAGACAGCAGUCAAGAUGACCUGUGGGGGAAGCUGAUAUGCACCAACUUCAAAGUUUCCUUCAUCACCCAUGAUGCCCUCUGUAAGCAGAGAUUUCAGGUGGCCAACCGUCUGCUUGGAGAACAUGAUGUUCCCCUGGCUUGUGUAGAGCAAGUGGUGACAGUAAAUGACGCUAAGGGGAAGCAGAAGGUUCUGGGCUCCAACCAAAAGCUGAAGUUCAAUCCUACUGAGCUCAUCCUGUACUGCAAGGACUUCCGCAUCAUCAGAUUCCGCUUUGACGAGGCUGGGCCCGAGAGUGCCAAGAAGGUCUGUCUGGCCAUCGCUCACUACUCCCACCCUGCUGAUCCCCAGCUGCUGUUUGGCUUCGAGUACGUAGGGAAGCAGUACUACGGUUCCUCAGGGAAGCGAAUGAAUGGCAUGGACCCUGGAGGAGGAGUGCAGACGCCCCUGUUUGACCGGCCCUCUGAAUGGGACCGGGAGAUCAAGAGAACGGGGGCAGCAGAGUGGAGGGUGUGCUCCGUCAACGAGGGCUACACCGUAUCACCCAGUCUCCCGGAGUACUUUGUGGUCCCUGUGUCCCUGGCGGAUCAGGACCUGAAGCAGUACUCCUGUUUCUUCACCACUCACCGCAUCCCUUUAUGGUGCUGGAAUCACCCCAAUGGGAGUGCCCUGGUACGCAUGGCCAGCAUCGCUGACCCACUGCAGCAGAGGAAACUGGACCAGAGGAUCUGCAGUGCCAUAACAAAGAGCCACCCACAGCGCAGUGAUGUCAUCAAGUCUGACCUGGACAAGAACCUGCCCAACAUCCAGGACAUACAGGCUGCCUUCGGCAAAGUGCGGCAAAUCUGUGUCAUAGAGCCCUUUGAGGAGUCUGAAGAGAAGUGGCUUUCGUCCAUGGAAAGCUCUCGAUGGCUUGAGUAUGUCAGGGCGUUCCUGAAGCAUUCAGCUGAGGUAGUCUACUUGCUGGAAGGAAAGCAUGUGUCUGUCAUUCUGCAAGAGGAAGAGGACCGGGACCUGGGUUGUGUGGUCUCCUCUCUGGUGCAGCUCAUGCUGGACCCUCACUUCCGUAGUCUCAUUGGGUUCCAGAGCCUGGUGCAGAAGGAGUGGGUAAUGGCUGGCCAUCGCUUCCUUGACCGCUGCAACCAUUUGAAGAAGAACGACAAAGACGAGUGUCCUCUGUUCUUCCUUUUCCUGGACUGUGUGUGGCAGAUAAUGAAUCAGUACCCAGCAGCAUUUGAGUUCACUGACACCUAUCUGACUGUGCUCAGUGACAGCAUGUGGAUCCCUCUCUUCAGCACCUUCCUCUUCAACUGUCCCCAGCAGCGCACUGAGAACAGCAUUGACUUUGCUAAGAGUAAGUGCAUCCCUCUGGGGGAGGAGAAGGCCUUGCGUUUCCCUCCAGUCUGGGACUGGUCCCAGCAGUUCACCCUGAAAGACCAGGCGCUCUUCAACAACCCAAUGUAUGUUGGCAAGGGGGCCACCUGUGUGCAGAACGGAGCUGUGAAAUCCUUCAGACGCACCAAGAAGAACUACAGUUCUACACUCCGAGGGAUGCCCACUUCCUUAAGGAACGGCCUAAUGGACGGUGACACCCUGACCAGGCGGAGCUCCCUGGUGCUGCGUCUCAGACCAGACUUUUCCCAGAUCAGAGAGGUGGUGGAGAGCCCGACAGAGCGCUUUUUGCGAGACUGGUUCUCUCGACCUGCGGACCUGCAGGGAAUGCUCCUUCCCCAGCUCCUGCCUUCUCACCUAGCCCUGUGGAGGCUGUACUUCCUCCGCUGGGUCCCUGAAGCCCGCAUCCCCAAGGGCGGCCCUGUCACUGCUUAUCACAAGCUGUCCCAGGUGGCCGAUGAGAUAGAGAUGUUGCAGAACAAGCUUCGCCAGUACAAGGGGGUCACCCCGGUCUCCAGCCCCGGUGCACCCCCAUCAGACCACAGCAGGAUGUACUUUAAGGCCAGCUCCACCAGUGAGCCCUCACCAGAGUACCUGAGCUCCUCCUUCCCCUUCUCCCCUGUGGGGAACAUGUGCCGACGCAGCAUCCUGGGCACUCCCCUUAGCAAGUUCCUGAACGGAGCGAAGAUAUGGCUCUCCACAGAAACUCUGGCCAAUGAGUCAGUCUGAGGUACUCUGUCUAAAGGGCUCACUUAAAUCAGUGGUUAAAGUCAAGAAGGCAUUUGGUAUCACCUAGAGGCCAGAGGCUUGCCCAAUGGAAUGUGAUGUAGCUGUUUAGUUUUUGCACAACAUUCUUCAUCUUUGCUCAAAUCGCACAUAUCUGCUGGGGUUUUCCUGUCUCUCUGUAGGUAGUCAAUUUUGAUUCCCAAUUAAAAAAUUUAGUUUUUGGUUCUAUUGAUAUUGAGUAGAAGAAUGUGGGAGAAAUAUAUAUUUUUUGUGACAUUGAUGUAGGGCUGAUGACACUUUUAGGAGAAAAAAUUAGUUAUAAGGAGUUGAAUCUGUGGUUGACUCUUUUCUCAUCUCUAUUUUUCUCACUUAAUAAAGCUGUAUUUCUAGGGGCCUUCUGGUAAGGUACUACUUUCAGUCUAGAGUGAAUAAUCACCAAAUCAUAAAGAGUGAAAUGAGAAGGACAGACUGGGCAAUUUUAUGUAGUCCUGGCAGAAAAUGAUCAUCAUUCACAAUACAUUAAUGAAAUGCCAUGGACCUGUUCCAGCCAAAAGACAUUCAUCAGUCAACUUUGACAUGUAAGCUUUGGUGCUAUGAACCACUGGGCAGGCUGGACACCUGUUCUUUCAUUCUCCCCACAGAGCUUGAACUGAUGCUGCUAAUGGCUGGAUGCCACAGGAACUAUAACAGAGACACUUGGCAUGGCCGUUUACCGCAUGCCAGCUGGUGUGUUUCAGAGAAAGAUCGGUUUCCUGUAAUAAGCCCUCAUCGCUUACUCACCCACACUAUUCACUAGACAUUCUAAAUAUGAAUUCAAGGCCUAUGAAAUAAUUUAUCUGGUGGUGAUGUUGAAAUUAUGAGGUGAAAAUAAUAUUGAUGAAUAAUGUACAGCUGUUUUUAUUGCUUGAAUUUCAUAGGUUUACUUAUUUACUGUUGUCUAAUUAUGGUACUUACAGAUGUUUUAGUUUAUAUUCCAUUAACCCACAGGCCUUGUUUUAGCUUACCACUAAUUCACACAUGGUGCAGUCAGCACUGUUAUUUAGUGAAAAUUGUGUUCUUCAUUUGGAAAAAUUUGACUGAUUUACAGUGCACAUAUUUAUUCCGUAAUGCAAAUGAUCUCAAACAGGGAUGAUGGAAAUCUUUUGUGCCUUUUUAGAUGGGAAUUAUGUUUUCUCCAGUGUACAGGUGUAUGUCCCUGUGGCUUAUUCUACUAUGCAUGUUGUUACACAGUAAUGACAUUAGGAGAGAAAAACAACUUCUCAGGCUGACCCUAGAAGGCAAGUUGAAAUGAAGAUUUGAAGAAACACCAUGUUGUGAUGAAUGUUAUGUUGGACCUUAGUGGAUUGACACUGUUGGAUAAAAAAUGUAGAGAUAUACAUUUGUUGUGUAGAGCACUUGUGACAGAAUUUAAGGGUCUUAAUUGAAAAGACGACGCCCACUCAACAACUUUAACAGCACUGCCAACACACUCUGACCACAAGGGAUCACUGCCAGCUAAGUGUACAUUUUAAAGAUUUUAGAGUAAAUAAAUGAGUUCAACAAUU